CUUUCCUUUAAGCCAAAGAGACCUAAAUAACUGUGGCAUAUUAUAAAUUAGUGCCUUCUUUCUCCACAAUUCUUUUUUCAGACAAGUCAGGAAUGGCUGAAGAAAAUCAUACCAUGAAAACUGAGUUUAUCCUCAUGGGAUUUAUAGAUCACCCUGAGCUGAAGACUCUGCUGUUUGUGGUGUUCUUUGCCAUCUAUCUGAUCACCGUGGUGGGGAAUAUUGGUUUGGUGGCACUGAUAUUUACACACCGUUGGCUUCACACACCAAUGUACAUCUUUCUGGGAAACCUGGCUCUUGUGGAUUCUUGCUGUGCCUGUGCCAUUACCCCCAAAAUGUUAGAGAACUUCUUUUCUGAGAACAAAAGGAUCUCCCUCUGUGAAUGUGCAGUACAGUUUUAUUUUCUUUGCACUGUGGAAACUGCAGACUGCUUCCUUCUGGCAGCAAUGGCCUAUGACCGCUAUGUGGCCAUAUGCAACCCACUGCAGUACCACAUCAUGAUGUCCAAGAAACUCUGCAUUCAGAUGACCACAGGGGCCUUCAUAGCUGGAAACUUGCAUUCCAUGAUUCAUGUGGGGCUUGUAUUUAGGUUAGUUUUCUGUGGAUCAGAUCACAUCAACCACUUUUACUGUGAUAUUCUUCCCUUGUAUAGACUCUCUUGUGUUGAUCCUUAUAUCAAUGAACUGGUUCUAUUCAUCUUCUCAGGUUCAGUUCAAGUCUUUACCAUAGGUAGUGUCUUAAUAUCUUAUCUCUAUAUUCUUCUUACUAUUUUCAAAAUGAAAUCCAAAGAGGGAAGGGCCAAAGCCUUUUCUACCUGUGCAUCCCACUUUUUGUCAGUUUCAUUAUUCUAUGGAUCUCUUUUCUUCAUGUACGUUAGACCAAAUUUGCUUGAAGAAGGGGAUAAAGAUAUACCAGCUGCAAUUUUAUUUACAAUAGUAGUUCCCUUACUAAAUCCUUUCAUUUACAGCCUGAGAAAUAGGGAAGUAAUAAGUGUCUUCAGAAAAAUUCUGAUGAAGAAAUAAUCUCAAGAAAGAUGGAAACAAGUGACAUCUACUAUAGCUUAAUGAUUUAAAUGCAGCAAAAACUUCC